ACUUGUCUACGCCUGGAUUUCAAGAGAGCUAAACGCACGACGAAGGUGAACGAUAAGGGAGGAAAUUGGAAAAGGAAAAAAGAGGACUCUACAAGAAAUAACAGCAGUGCCUCGGAAACAAACAACAACACAUACGCCUUGAUUGCAAGAAUAAGAAUGUAUUCUAGCCUGUAUAAGUAAACAAAAUUAUGAUUUCAUUGGUGCACUGUGCUUAUAGCCUUCUAUUCUAAAUUCGUAGGUGACAAUUAGCUAAGAUAAAAACCGGCUUGGGCUGCUACUUCUCGCUUACAAAGAGAGAAUGUCCGACAAGUAUGGAUGUUAGAACAGAAAUUAAAACCAGCUAGCGUUAUAAACGGCCAGAGGAGAUCCAAGGGUGUAAAAUAAGAAGACCGACUAGAAGCUGUCAAAAGCAUGGAUUUUAGUGUGCUUCGGGAUCUCAUCACCAGAUUCUGUGCGGGAGAAGAGAACUGGGUGGACAGUCGGACAGUGUACAUCGGUCAUCGCCAACCCCCUCCGGGAGCAGAGGCGUACAUCCCGCAGCGUUACCCCGACAACCGCAUCGUCUCCUCCAAGUAUACCUUCUGGAAUUUUGUUCCGAAGAACCUGUUUGAACAGUUCAGAAGAAUUGCCAACUUCUACUUCCUCAUCAUAUUUCUGGUUCAGCUGAUCAUCGACACGCCCACCAGCCCCAUCACCAGCGGUCUGCCCCUGUUCUUCGUCAUCACCGUCACCGCCAUCAAACAGGGCUAUGAGGACUGGCUCAGGCACAAGGCAGACAACGCUAUCAACCGAUGUCCUGUCCACGUCAUCCAGCAUGGCAAGGUGGUGAUGAAACAGAGCCGCAAACUACGGGUUGGCGAUAUUGUCCGGGUGAAGGAAGAUGAAACUUUCCCCUGUGACCUCAUCCUUCUGUCCACCAGCCGAGAGGACGGAACGUGUUUUGUCACGACAGCCAGUUUGGAUGGGGAGUCCAGUCACAAGACGUACUACGCAGUGCCGGACACGCAGGCCUUUAAAACAGAGGAGGACUUGGACAGCUUGCAGGCCACCAUCGAGUGCCAGCAGCCGCAGCCUGACCUCUACAAAUUUGUUGGGCGCAUCAAUAUUUAUCAAGACAGAAACGAACCUUCUGUGAGGCCUCUAGGGUCAGAGAACCUGCUACUGCGAGGAGCCACACUGAAAAACACUGAAUGUAUUUACGCUGUCGCCAUCUAUACGGGCAUGGAGACCAAGAUGGCGCUGAACUACCAGUCCAAAUCCCAGAAGCGCUCUGCUGUGGAAAAGUCAAUGAAUGCCUACCUGGUAGUCUACCUGUGCAUCCUGAUCAGCAAAGCUCUGAUCAAUACUGUGCUGAAGUACGUGUGGCAGGCCAACCCGAACCGAGACGAGCCCUGGUACAACGAGAGGACGGAAUCGGAAAGGCAGCGGCACGUGCUGAUCAGAGCUUUCACGGACUUCCUGGCCUUCAUGGUGCUUUUCAACUACAUCAUCCCCGUGUCCAUGUACGUCACCGUGGAGAUGCAGAAGUUCCUGGGCUCCUACUUCAUCACCUGGGACGACGAGAUGUUUGACGAGGAGCUGGGGGAGGGGGCGCUAGUGAACACGUCCGACCUCAACGAAGAGCUGGGACAGGUGGAGUAUGUCUUCACAGACAAGACGGGGACGUUGACGGAAAACAACAUGGAGUUCAUCGAGUGCUGCGUGGACGGGCACAUCUAUGUCCCCCACGCCAUCUGCAAUGGGCAGAUCAUGCCUGAUUCCUGCGACAUCGACAUGAUUGACUCCUCGCCUGGAGCAGGAGGGAAGGUGAGAGACAGCGCCACACCAUGGCCUGGAUGUCUACUGCAUGAGGAGCGGGAGGAGCUGUUCUUCCGCGCUCUCUGCCUCUGCCACACCGUGCAGGUGAAGGAGGAGGAGACUGUCGACGGUAUCAAGAGGGGUAUCCACCAGGGCAAGUCCACCUCCUUCUACAUCUCCUCCUCCCCCGACGAGGUGGCGCUGGUGGAGGGCAUGAAGAGGCUGGGGUUCACCUACCUGCGGCUGAAGGACAGUCACAUGGAGCUCCUCAACAGGGACGACGAGGUGGAGAGGUUUGAGCUGCUGGAGGUGCUGAACUUCGACUCGGUCCGGAGAAGAAUGAGCGUGAUAGUGCGUUCCACCACAGGCGAGUAUUACCUGUUCUGCAAAGGGGCUGAUUCCGCCAUCUUCCCCAGGGUGAUUUCCGGAAAGGUGGAGCAGGUCCGAGCCCGGGUGGAGCAUAACGCUGUGGAGGGCCUGCGGACGCUGUGUGUGGCCUACAAGACCCUGACGCAGGCGGAGUACGAAGACGUCUGCCAGCGCCUGAACAGCGCCAAGCUGGCCCUGCAGGACCGAGACCGCAGGCUGGCCGAGGCCUACGACAUCAUCGAGCGCGACUUCAUCCUGCUGGGCGCCACCGCCGUGGAGGACAGGCUCCAGGAGAAGGCGGCGGACACCAUCGAGUCGCUGCACAAGGCCGGGAUGAAGGUGUGGGUCCUGACGGGGGACAAGAUGGAGACGGCGGCGGCCACCUGCUACGCCAGCAAGCUGUUCCGCCGCAGCACGCAGAUCCUGGAGCUGACCACCAAGCGCACGGAGGAGCAGAGCCUGCACGACGUGCUGUUCGACCUGAGCCGCACCGUGCUGAGGCAGCAGGGCAGCAUGCCCCGCGACACCUUCUCCGGCCUCUCCAACAACUUCCACGACUACGGCCUGAUCAUCGACGGGGCCACGCUGUCGGCCGUGAUGAAGCCGGCGCAGGACGACAGCUCGGGGAACUACAAGGAGAUCUUCCUGGAGAUCUGCCGCAACUGCAGCGCCGUGCUCUGCUGCCGCAUGGCGCCCCUGCAGAAAGCACAGAUAGUGAAGUUGAUCAAGACAUCGAAGGAACACCCUAUCACUCUUGCCAUUGGGGAUGGAGCCAAUGAUGUCAGCAUGAUCCUGGAGGCCCACGUCGGCAUAGGAAUUAUGGGUAAAGAGGGCCGUCAGGCUGCGCGGAAUAGUGACUAUGCAAUCCCCAAGUUCAAACACUUGAAGAAGAUGCUGCUUGUCCACGGUCACUACUACUACAUUCGAAUUUCUGAGCUGGUACAGUACUUCUUCUACAAGAAUGUCUGCUUCAUCUUCCCCCAGUUUCUGUACCAGUUCUUCUGCGGCUUCUCCCAGCAGCCUCUCUACGACACAGCUUAUCUCACCCUGUACAACAUCAGCUUCACCUCCCUGCCCAUCCUGCUGUACAGCCUCAUAGAGCAGCACAUCAGCAUGGACAUCCUGAAGAAAGAUCCGUCUCUGUACAGGGACAUCGCCAAAAACUCCCUCCUGCGUUGGCGGAUUUUCGUCUACUGGACGUUCCUGGGAGUCUUCGAUGCAGUAGUGUUCUUCUUUGGUGCUUACUUCCUGUUCGACAACACCACUUUUACCAGCAACGGUCAGCUAAUGACUACAAACACACAGAUGAUGUUUGGGAACUGGACCUUUGGAACACUUGUCUUCACCGUGCUGGUAUUUACAGUCACGCUUAAGCUGGCCCUGGACACACACUACUGGACAUGGAUCAACCACUUCGUCAUCUGGGGCUCGCUGCUUUUCUACGUGAUUUUCUCUCUGCUGUGGGGUGGAAUCAUUUGGCCGUUCCUGAACUACCAGAGGAUGUACUACGUGUUCAUGCAGAUGCUGUCCAGCGGGCCGGCCUGGCUGAGCAUCAUCAUGCUCGUCACCGUGUGUCUGCUGCCCGACGUGCUCAAGAAGGUCCUGUGGCGCACCCUGUGGCCCACCACCACCGAGCGCAUCCAGAAUGUUGACAAGCUGUACCGGGGCCACCUGUCUGAGUUUACACCACUGGCCAUGCUCCACGCCCCCGACCGCAAGAGAGGCCACGCCCACAGCGACAGCCACAGAAGGUCUGAGCGCCCUUCCAAAAAACUGAUGUACACCCACUGGAGGGGCGGUGCCGAAUACUACUGCACUUUCGGCUCCUUCCUCGGAUUUGGGGUGAACGGCCGCCACUCCGGGGUGGGCCACACCUACACCGGGGCGGGGCCCGAAACCUCCGUUUAAUCCCUAGACAUUUUGCUUACUCCUACCAAUGCCUUUAACGAGAUAAAAGAAUGCACUCACAAAUUCUAGUCGCCCCGGUCACGUUGCACAUCGCGCUGCUCUUCGAGUGGCGUAAAACCAUUCCUGUAGACACUGUCUGGAACUGUGUGACUUCUGACCUCUGACUCCACCCGUCUGCUCCAUGUGCGACCCCCGGCCCGCCCCCCUGCCGCAUCCUAUCCCAAAUUCCCACCACCCCAUGCCCGGACCCCGUUGCUCUACCCUUUCCACUCUGGAUGAUAUUACUUGAAACCAGCGUUGGGGGAGAUGGGAGUUUUUCGCUCAACCAUCUGCGUAGUCGAAGAACAAAAAGAAAAGUGCUGACAAUGUGUGCUUUGGUUUUUCAGAGCUGUCCGUGAGUUUGUGCAUCUAUUUUUCACUGACUGGCAUUUUUUUCUUUUUCUCUUUGUUUUUUUCCCCCCCUGUCUUCACUCUUUCUCUUUCCAACUUUCCUGCUUUCUGUAGAGCGAACUGGUGUUGUCUCUGUGCAAAUCUGUUAUGGAGAAACACACCAUAAGAUGCAGUUUCUUUUCUGCUCUUGUUUGUAAGUUGCAAAGUCAGGGCCGUGGACCCUUGUACUAGACCGUGCUUUAAUAGACACCCCAUGCCCAUGUAGUUGAGUAGAGUCCAGCACUGUAGAUGGAUGCCAGGUGGACAAUGCGAUCAUUGCCACUGUGCUCGCUGUCCAUCAUUACUGACUGAAUGGCACCCCACAAUAUAGGUGACUGUUGACAAAUGAGUGCAUUUCUUGUGUUUCUCCAUAAAUGCAUAUUCAUUUACAUAAAUUGAUUUGUCGGGUUCAAAGGAACAAAUCCUCCCAAAAAAGCAAAACAUCAAUUGUAAUUAUUUUCACAACAUUUUUCAUACGGGGGAGACUAUUUGAUGACUUUUUAACAUUAGUCCCCAUUUUGGAUUGUAAGACAGUUUCAGGACCAAAGCUCCAGAACUGCAUGUGGUCAUGGCAACCAGUUUAUACAGUGAGGUGUGUACUAGGAACCUUGUGUGCGUGUUCCUCCCCAAGCUAUAGCUAAUCAGAAAUCAGAAUUUUUCUUAUUUUAUUUUUUUACACCAGUGCUUAGCAAAGCCUGUGGCAUGGUAGAAAACUCUGUCUGAAGAAGUCUGCCUUAAAACAACAGCAAUUCCUCAGUAUCGAUGAGUAGCCUCUAAGCCAAAGGAAAAAAAGUGAGAAGUCGCGCUUUGUUUUUUUUUGCCUUACGCUGGGAGCAGUAGAGAAUCGAGGGUUGUGAAGUCCCUGCUGGGCCCAGCCAUCAUGCCUUAAACAAGCUACAGCUCCACCAUUGGAAAAAUAUGUAAAUGAGCAGUAUGGUGAGGAUCACAAUGAACAAAGUCUAAUGCAGGGGGUAGGGGGGUCACCUGACCGUUGGUUAGCUUGGAGUGUGAAGUUCAGAACCUCUUGCUGCAACUCUUCUCCAGAUCGAUGGAAGUACAUUUUGUCCUUAACUCGGAUUAAUUUAGUCAAAAUUUCUAUUUAAUUUGGAGGAGGAAAAAAAAACAACAAAAGGUGGGUAGGAAUGAAAUGAGCACUGGACUGAAUGAGUGUGUAGGAAGUUGAUGCGCUUUGUGUUUCAUGUGGAGCUGGGCUUCUGUCCUCCCUCCUCUCCUUUCCCUCUGCGCUCAUGUCUGGAGGGAUCGUUUAGUGCAUUAAAUGCUCAUGUACAUCGCUUCACCAGUGGUGCAGUGUGCUCAUGUACUCCAUUACUCAGCUGUCAUAGGUUCUAUGUUCAUCUCUCUCUCUCAUUCUCUCUCUCUCACGCUCUGUCUUUCUUACUCACUCACACACACAUACACAUUUAAUCUCUUUUUAGAGUGACUUACAUAAUGCAGUUUACAAGUUCACAUUCUCUCAGCUGGAUAACUACAGAAGGAAGGGUAGCAGUGCCCAACCUGAGCUAAGAAUGGAUCUGGUUAGGUUAUGGAUCUCCUUACCUGUGCCUGUUUAAUACAUGUACAAGGACCAUGGUUUAGUGAAUAUGCACAUUGUACAUGUACAAUGGAACAUUGCGGCAAAAUGUAUGUUGUGGCGCUAAGAAGAGCAGUGUUUACCUGUAACAAAACACUCACCCAACUAGGCUUUUCAGAAUGACUUUUGUACAGUAUGUAGAAGUGUCACUUUUCAGGUUUGAGCAACCUGUAUUUUCUGUUAUACUUAAUAUAUCACACACAAAUGAAUGUUUUUAAAGAAAAAAGGUAAGUUCUUUGCAAGUUAUAGCUUCUUCCAUUAGCCUUAAUAUGCAUUUAGGUCAAAUUUUCACAAGUAGAAAUUCUAGCAUCUUGUGUCAAUGCUAAUGCUAAGAUCUUGUAUGUAAGGUUGUCUGUCUUUACUGAUUAUAUGCACACCAUGCAUUUUCCAUUUUGGAAAGCUGAGCAAAAUUUGGGCCAUUAUCAUUUGCAUAAAUUGAUGCUAAUGGAAACCUAGCUAGCUUCCUUACCCUGAGUGACCCCUAAAGCAGCUUUGUCCUGCUUCAGCUCCUAUGAGAACUUCUAGUUGAGUCUGUUUGUCUGUUAGUCACACUCUCACUUUUACCUCCAUUCUUUCUUUUAUUUUUCUCUCAUGACCCCCUCUCCUGCUCAUCUCAUAAGCUGUGGUUUGUGAGGGUCACUUUGCAAGGAUGUAGAGUCCUCUGUCCCUCCUCACUGCUGGCCUCCCUCUGCCCAUCUGCUCACUUGAGCCCUCUUGUGGCUCAGAGUGCCACUGCAGCACACUGGAAUGGAAUUUAUUACAGGACUACUGAAUGAUGGUGACCACAUCAAAAAAAAAAAUUGUUUGUUUUCUUUAGAUGCCCUUAGUGGAUGAAGGGUAGGUGCCUUCUGGCACUGUUUGUAUUGUGUGUAAGUAACUUGGAUGUUACUGAGAUGUCCUGCUCUGCUUCUUUGUUCUUUCAAAAAAUAUUGAUAUAUCUUGUUUUUAGGAGAGAGAGGGUCUUUGUAAAUAGUAAUGUGAUAUAUGAACCCUUCUGCUCUCCAUGGCUCUCCAUGAGAUGUGUUCUAGUUUAACUUUCAAGACGUCAUGGGUACUCAAAAAUGUAGAAAACAAAACAAAACCAAAAAACAUGGUAGAUGGUCAGUCCCAUUAAUUUCAGGCGCUUGAUAGUGGAGGGAAAAUAUUCAUAUUUAAGGUGAAUGGAUGUAUGUAUUUUCUAUAGGGUGUGGGGUAUUUUUUGGGGUGGGGGGGCACACGGGCUGUGUUAAAUCUUGAAUGAACAGACCUAAUCAUACGGCAGUGCCACAAUCAGCAAAACAGGACUGUUUCUCAUAUGAAUGGUCAUCUCUGUUAGGCUCUAUACCUGUAAUUGCAAAUGGAUGCACACAAGUAUGUUCUGUAACCUGUUGCCUUGGUCCAAAGCUGUUGUGCUAUUCCGGUUGAAUGUGGUGGUUUAUGGGAGGUUAUGAAUGCAUAUGAUACUGUGUUGUCCUGUAUUUCACUUACAUGUAUGUUUCACAUUCACCACUUGGCACAUUGUGGUCAGGCCGACCUCAUCUACGCUGUCCUGAGCACCGUACGCAAUUAGAGCCAGACACUGGAAGCAAAAGAAAAGUUUGGUCUGCGGAAUGUCAUACCAGAGAGGCAGCGCUUUCCUGCUUUCAUUUAAAGUGCAGCAUUCCACGUUCUCUCUCUUCCGUCAGAGAAAGUGCACCAGACUACACAGAGCUCAGAAAUUCUGAGGGUCUAUUUCCACCAUGUCCAUUCUGGCGCAGCAUUUCUGAACACAGAGUUCAGGGCAUUGAAUGUAUUUGGAUUUCCUGAAAGCCGGAUGUGUCUGUUACGAAGAAACAUAAAAUGGUGGUUGGAAACAAAACUGAAUUCCAACCUUGUAAAAAAUUCAUUCAAAUCUUUUUUUAAAAAUGUAUUUGUACACGCUUCUAUACUGUCUUAUAAGGAAUUGCUCCGUAGCUGAACUUGGUCUUAGAAGUAUUUGAGCCUGAAAACCAGUUCAUCACAUCAGUACAUUUGCAUUUGUCUUUAUAAUGGAAUGACUACACAUGCGAUCACCAAAUACUGGCUUCCUGUAUGAACAUUGUUUCUUUUUUUGUUUCAAGAAUGCUGUAUUUUUGAGUAUAAUGUAUAGUAUUAAUAUAAGUCUUUUGUAAAAUCUUAAGAGGACUUUGUUUUCUAUUUUUGUAUCAAGGGGAGGAGAAUGUUGUUAUAUUUAUUUAGAAAAUUAUCUGUAUUUCAGUUUCAUAACAACCAAAUUUACAGGUUGAGGGAAGUUGUAAGAACAGGAAAAGAGCACAGAAAUUAAAUAGCUUUAAAAUGCUACUUUCUGUUUGUCCUUUUUUUUUUUUUUUUUUUUAGAAGCUAGACUUUUGACAUACACUGUUUUUACAGGAUAUGUAGACGUAUCCCUCUUAACACUGAGAAUGGGAUUCUUAUGCCGACUCUUUGUAAAGACGCUCUCUGUGUGUGAGAAUGUAGGAAGUUUGUCUCAGAUAUAUGUUCACUUGUAUAUCUAACUGUACUGGCGUCUUGAUGCACUGACUUCUGGCGGUCAGACCCAGUCAUCUGACACUUGGAACAUGUAUUGCUUUCAUAAUGCAGUGGCCCAGAGUGUGAAGCACCAUUAUUGCUUUACUCUAAAUAGUUUCAAAUGUAUACCGAUGUACACUUUAGCAGAUGUAUACAUGCACACGUAUGUGUGCAUAUGUAUGUAUAUACAUAGUUAUGUUUAUGUUGUACAGUUUUUUUUUGUUUGUUUUGUUUUAGUUUUUUUAAUGCGGUUUUUAACUGACUGAUAUCUGUAGAUAUCUGGUAUUUUUUUCCAGCUUUUCAGUAGUAAUGUUGAGGCAAAGAAUUGUACAUUUGCUUUUAAUAAAGAAAACAAAAGUG